AUGGCCGCCCUUGAAGAGCUGCCCGCAUGGAAGACAACCAUCCGCCAGCGCCUCAUCGCGCGCGACCAGAGACUCCAAACCUUGGCUGCCUUCAUCCGCAAUGAAAUGCGGCUGCGCGAACAGUGCCGCACGCUGCGUAGCGAUGCCGAAAAGGCUCGUCGUGAAGUUGUAGAGGUGCAAGAACACGUCUCGCGUCUUGAGAAUGAAGUCAAUGACCUCAACGCACAACUUGUCAAACUUUAUCAAGAGCGGAGUGAGGCUUCGAAUCGCGAGAAUGAAGCCCUACGCCAUGCCCAACGCCUGGCCGAACAGGUCAAGGAUUUGCAGGAACAGCUCGAAAUGGUUGAAGCGCAGCGUGAUGAGCGCGCUGAUGCCGUGAGAAAGCUUCAACAAGAGAUCAAGCAGGAGCGCAUCAAGUCACAAACACUUCACGACGAGCUGGUGGCUCUCUCGAUGGAAUUCGCGGCGGCCGCGAACAAAGACGAAGAAGAGGCAAAGAAGUACCAGGCCGCUGUCCGCGAGCGUGACGAGCUGCUGGCCCGUGUCAUGGAAAUCAAACAGCAGCAAGUCAAUCUUCAAAAUGAGCUCAAUGAAGCCCUUCAGCGAGAGCGUCAAGCGCGCAUUGCCAUGGAUAUCCAGGAAGCUGCUCGAGAGAUGCCCACCAUUGACGAAUUUGCUUCGACAUCAACGCCGUUUCUCAAAACAGGCAUCCCGAGCCGGGCUGCUCAUCGCUUGGAUGCUCACACGAGCGAGGUCCACUGUGCUGCUUGGCAUCCAAGUUCGGGCUCGUUUGCCACUGGUGGGGCUGACAAACUGGUUCGAAUUUGGACCAAAACUGGCAACUGCAUCAGCACGCUGACGGGACAUAGUGGAACCGUCAUUGAUUUGGACUACAGCCUGUCUGGCGAGCACCACAAGCUGACCGGACACAGCGACAAAGUAUAUGCCGCGCGCUACCUAGACUCGACGCAUGUCGUAAGCAGUAGCCAGGACCGCACCAUCAAGGUCUGGAACACGGUGCGCGGGAUGUCAGAAACGACGUACAUGGUGGCCUCGACGGCUCUGCAUGUGGCUUGCCACGAGGCCUCGCGCUUCCUAACUGUUCAUUUUGACCGCAAACUGCGGGAGUGGGACACUCGCGUGCGAAGCAAAAAGCCUCAACGUGAGGUGGCCAUAGGGCAUGAAGACCCCGUUCACUCGCUCACGCUCUCGCCCGACCGGAGCAAGGCCUUGGCAGUGGGCAAGGAUGGAGGCAUUACCAUGCUUGACCUCUACAGUCUUGAAGUGGUGAAGAAGUUUGGCCCUCUGGAGGAUCGCGGCAGCAGUGGCCCUGUGGCGAUGAGCGCGCUCGGCGAUCAUAUUGCACAGGGCACUAUGCAAGGUCAUGUACAUCUUUGGAACGUGCGCUCCAACAGCCUCGAGUCGACACUGCGCGACAACGCCCACUCGUGCGUGCAUCUUGCCAUUCCCUCCCAUGCUCACCUGCCGACACCGAACGGCGUCCUUGCGGCCAAGUGUUCAAAUGGCUCAUGCAUCUGUGUUGCAUUGCAGGGGCCCUGCGAUGGCUUGCGCUUGGAGCCCGGAUGGUGA